AACGAUUAUAUUGUUGAAUAACUUCUUCCUGUAUCUCACAGCGGCAUAUAUGUGAUUUAUUAAUAUUUAUUACAUCUCUGUAGUAGUGGACGGUCAAAAUUUUAAAGACACUGUACAUUACGCUAGCGCUUAUAUCACUGUUGACGUCUUAAUAAAACUUCCGUGGUGGCAGUUCGCUUUUCCGGUUGAUUCCGUAAAUGGAUGUUGUUCUGAGACUGGGCGUGUACGAUACAGUUUCUUUAGCGCAGGUGAACGAGUAAACCCGCAGCGAUGGAGGACAUCUUUCAUUGGUGUCGUGAAGGGAACGCGUUCCAAGUGCGUGUAUGGCUUGACGACACCGAACAUGACAUGAAUCAGGGGGAUGAUCAUGGGUUCAGUCCACUUCACUGGGCUGCCAAGGAGGGCCACGCAAACAUUGUGGAUAUGCUUAUCGCACGGGGCUCACGAGUCAAUGCCACCAACAUGGGAGACGAUACAGCACUUCACCUGGCAGCUGCUCACGGACAUCGUGACAUUGUGCAUAUGCUUCUCAAACGCAAAAUGGAUGUGAACGCCAUCAACGAGCAUGGAAACACGCCACUUCAUUACGCUUGCUUCUGGGGUUACCAAGCAAUAGCAGAGGACCUGAUUGCCAGUGGUGCCUUGGUGUCCAUCGCAAACAAGUAUGGUGAAACACCACUCGAUAAGUGUAAAGGUCACAUGGGGAUUCGCCUGAGAGAAGUGGCUGAACAAGCAGGCCAGGAUUUGAAGAAAAUUUACUACAAAGAUCAAAAUUGGCUUGGCACGAAAACAAGGACAAGGGAUGCCACUCUUUCGAGGCACUCGGGUAUCAACAUGGAUGAGCUCAAGUUCUUCCAACAGAUUGCAUCGACCUCAUCUGGAGAGACUUGGAAGGGCUCAUGGCAAGGGAAUGACAUCAUAGCCAAGAUCCUCAAGGUGGGCGAAGUGACGCCACGCAUCUCCCGAGACUUCAACGACCAGUACCCGCGCCUGCGCAUCUUCUCGCACCCAAAUGUCCUUCCGGUCAUCGGCUGCGUCAACCGUCCUCCGCACUUGAUCGUUGUGCAGCAGUACCUGCCACACGGCUCUCUCUUUGACAUCCUGCAUGGAUCGACAGGUAUGGUGGUGGACCAGGCGCAGGCACUCAAGUUUGCCAUUGACGUUGCUCGCGGCAUGGCCUUCCUCCACACCCUCGAGCCCAUGAUUCCCAACUAUCAAUUGAGCAGCAAGCAUGUCAUGGUGGAUGAGGAAAUGACUGCUUAUGUGAACAUGGCCGACGCCAAGUUUUCCUUCCAAGAGCGGGGAAAGAUGUAUAAUCCUGCUUGGUAUUCGCCUGAAGCCUUGCAGAAGAAACAGGACGAGAUGAACUGGAAGGCAGCUGACAUGUGGAGCUUCGCCAUAUUGCUGUGGGAGUUGGCGACUCGCCAGGUUCCUUUUGCAGACCUUUCUCCAAUGGAAAUUGGCAUGAAGGUCGCCCUAGAGGAGCUGCGAGUGACCAUUCCGCCGGGGAUUUCACCGCACAUGAGCCGGUUGAUUCGCAUCUGCAUGAACGAAGACCCGGGCAAGAGGCCUACCUUUGAGAUGAUACUUCCCAUCUUGGAAAAAAUGAAGCACUGAGCACAUUGUGUGACCAUUCGUAAUGAGCGUUUAGACAUGGAUUACCAGCCCCGUGAAAGGCUGAAAUGACCCGAAUCCGAAUUCUACAUCUCUCUUAAGCCGUGAUGUCAUGUCCAGAACUGCAUCACACUGAGGAAGGAAGGAAUGUUGGUGCACCCUGCAUUGUGGCUAUGUUUCAAGUUACUAUAAGAACAGCUCUGGUUAAAUGAGGAUGGAAGUAUGAGCUAGCUCACAAAUUGAUUUUAGAUAUCUCUAAGCCAUUAUAUAAAUGCCUUUAAUUAUUAGAAGCAGCCACUAGAUGUUUACAGCUUUCUGCAAAGACUUGUACUGUUCGAAUAAUGAUGCAAAUUACAAUGCUCUUACAUUUAUUGCUUAUGGUUGUACCAACAAUUAAGGGAAACGGUGCAAGAACGAGACACUGCAGCACAGGGUGAUUGAUGACCUGCAGAUGAACAUCUAUGAUAGCCGAUGCCCCGUGCUUUGCCCUCCUUCCAUUUUCAUGCUAUUUUUUUCAUAGUAAUGUUAACAAACUCGCCCACAUUGUUAAUUCUGAAGAAUUGCGCAAACUACAGUGUAAUUUGCACAACUUUUGCAAAGAAUGUCCCAGCCUUAAAUGUUUGCUGUGUUAAAGUUUGUCUUGCGCAUAAAACGCAGCUUGAUGCACGUAAGGCACAGUUCGGUGAGUGCCUUUACUGCCUUAUGUUUGUCUUCGUCUCUGUCUGUAUAGUUUUUGUUGCCUAUAUGAUGCAGAACAGUUUAUAAACUGCAAAUUCAGCCACAUGUUAUCCAAGACACAGGAACUCUAGAGGUCACCUAACCAUUGUGCCUACUGAAGGCACAUCUGUGCUCAGCGACACAUAUAUUCCACAGCACCAUUCACUGUGUACUUGUGUUGUAGUGUUCGUUAUCUUAUGUGGGAGGUGGUGUCCACAAGGGCUAUUUGUAACCAUACUGGCCACAAUUCAUCGAGGCUUGUGGAAGUCAAAGUUACGUGCACCAUACGGUUUGCUUUAAGCAGGGGGAAAAAACACCUCAUUUUUGUUGUACAAUAUUAAUUUUAAAUGCUCCUACUUUUGAGCAAAGACACAAUGAUAAUGGUGCCAAAGAUUGCGACGCUUGUCUGAAGACUCGUAUCACACCUUUUCCUGCAUAACUAUCUUACUAAGGCAAAAGCCUUAGAUAGCCAAUUAUACGUGAAAAGUGACUGUCGGAGACGUCAACGCAAGUGAUGCCAAAAAAUCAUCAUCACGUGGUGACAUCAUCCUAUGACGUCACAGGUCACCAAAAUUUGUGACAUCGCAUCACAUGACGUCACAUGAUGGCGUCAUAACAUUACAUCGUUGCUUUCGCUGUUAUGUAAAUUGCCAGUUUUCUCAGUGAAAAUUAAACCUUUAUCUGGGGAUCUUUGUGCCAGAGCGACUCGCCAUUGUAGCUUAGCGGCUGCAGUGUUGCACGGCUAAGCACCAGGAUGCAGGUUCAAUUUCCAGCUACAGCAGUGGCAUGUCUGGUGCGAGAUGCAAACACACCCUUUACUUGUAUUUAGGUGCAUGGUAAAAAAUUACAGAAUAAUGAUACUGUGCUAUUAGCACAUAAGACCGCAGAAUUUAAUCAUUUCUGCCAGAACUGGAACACACUGAUUUCCUUCCAGAUUUUUUUGCAAUGCAUUCACUCAACUUUCACAUAACUUUUUUCUAGAAACGUUCACAGAUUCUGGAUAAGUUAUUCUGGGUCAUGACUUUGUAACGAUGCCUUGUCCACUGCCAUUCCUUUUCAUACUUCGUCAGUGGUCCGAGUGAUGCCAUUGGCCACAUCAUCAAUGGAUGAUGUGGCCCUCAUUAGUGCUAGAUAAUUAUAGCAAAGAAAUGAGCUGAAUUGCAGUGCUACAAAUUUAUGGCCCUUAUCUUUUAUGUUUCCCAGAGAGGGCAAUAUUCUCGGUAAACCAUUACAGAUCAGAGAUUAUUGUAGGGACUCUUCAUGGUAACAUCGUGAGGAAAUGAGAGACAUUUGAAAAAUUUGUGUGCAGUGUUGUUUGUGUUCAAGCCUAGCAAUUCGAAAAUUUUUGUGACUGUUGAAGCGUGCUGUUGGGCAUACAUUGCAAUCAACAAAGCCUACCAAUGUCCUUUGUGACUUUUUGCUUUUUAUGUGGUAACAUGUGUAAAAAUGUGCUAAAUGUACUCUUUAUAUUGACACAGGCAUUAGCAAUAUUUAUAGCGAUGUAUGAUUUAUUUGUUUGACAGUGUCUAGACAAGUCAUCAUUCAUGUUUUAAACUGCUAGAAGUUUUACUUUUGUGUCUGUGCUUAUGGGCUCUUAUCAUGUGUAUUUUAGUUAGUAGCAGACACUGAAAACAUGGCGUCUCUGAUUCAAAUGACGAAAGAGGCUUUAAAUCGUAGUGUUAACACUUAUAUGACAUAUGUAUAUUUCCGUCACCUAAGUUGUUACAAGGUUACGGAACCUGAUGCAUUUAUUGUAUAAAGAAGGUGCACUGCCAAAACAUUACCUGUGCAUUUGUUAUGCAAAUAAAUUGUUGCUAUUAGUACUUUAA